AUGUUACCAUUCAUUAAUCAAAUCUUCGAGUAUCCAGCCAAUGCGACUGGAGCUUCGGUUGAUGAGCUGAAGCUCAUUGCGUCAUUCCUCCUCUCGUAUCCCCUCGCCGGUCUGUUGAAGAGAAUUCCCGACGCUCAACCCUGGAAGAAGAAUGCCUUCAUUAUUUCGGUCUCCUUGUUCUAUCUCGUCGGCCUCUUUGACCUAUGGGAUGGCCUUCGCACCUUAUUCUAUAGCGCCGCUGGUACCUAUUUGAUCGCCUACUACAUUGAUGGAUCGUUGAUGCCCUGGAUUGGCUUCAUCUUCUUGAUGGGCCACAUGUCCAUCAGCCACAUCUACCGUCAAAUUGUCAACGACCCUCAGGCGAUUGAUAUCUCCGGGGCCCAGAUGGUCCUUGUCAUGAAGCUUACGUCUUUCUGUUGGAACGUGCAUGAUGGUCGACUUCCCCAAACGCAGCUCUCGGAUCCUCAAAAGUACGCCGCGAUUACGCAGUUCCCGACUAUCCUGGACUACACCGGCUACGUACUAUUCUUCCCAGCUCUUUUCGGUGGUCCAUCCUUCGAAUACGUCGACUACCGUCGCUGGCUCGACACUACUCUUUUCGAGGUGCCCCCAGGUACCGACCCGUCGAAGGUGCCCCCGACCCGGAAGAAGCGCAAGAUUCCUCGCAGUGGAACUCCUGCCACGAAGAAGGCCUUGGUUGGACUGGGAUGGAUUCUGGCAUUCCUGCAGCUGGGAUCUUACUACAAUCAGGAAGCCCUCCUGAGUCCUAGAUACAUGGGCUACUCUUUCCCUCGACGAGUCUGGAUCAUGCACAUGGUCGGGCUAACCGCACGCCUCAAGUACUACGGCGUCUGGUCCCUGACGGAAGGUGCUUGUAUCCUGUCUGGCAUGGGGUACAAUGGGUUCGAUCCCAAGUCCGGCAAGGUCUUCUGGAACCGAUUGGAGAAUAUCGAUCCUUGGGCUCUUGAGACAGCGCAAAACUCCCACGGAUAUCUAGGCAGCUGGAACAAGAACACCAACCAUUGGCUGCGAAACUACGUCUACUUACGCGUCACCCCCAGAGGGAAGAAGCCGGGCUUCCGUGCCAGUCUGGCCACGUUUACGACUAGCGCUUUCUGGCAUGGUUUCUAUCCGGGAUACUAUCUGACCUUCAUUCUUGGGUCGUUCAUCCAGACCGGAGCCAAGAAUUUCCGUCGUUAUGUGCGUCCGUUCUUCCUCACUCCGGACGGAAGCAAGCCCACACCCUACAAGCGCUACUAUGACAUCAUGAGCUGGUUCGCGACUCAGGUCACCCUGUCCUUCACAGUAAUGCCCUUCAUCUUCCUCGGAUUCAGCGCCUCCAUCAGCGUCUGGCGGAGCGUCUACUUCUACGGCAUCGUCGGCAACAUCCUCAGCAUUGCCUUCUUUGCCAGCCCCGCCAAGGGCAUCCUCAUCCAGAAACUUAAAGCCCGCAACCGGCCUCAUGUCACACGCUCAACCAGCUCCGACAACCUGCAACAGCCGACACUGGGUCUUCCAAGUGACGCUGUCCAGGCCUUUGACGAAGCCGUGCAGGAGAUUCGGGGUGAGAUCGAAGCCAGGCGCAGACGCGGCAGUGCCGUUACCAUGCCGAGUGGAGAGGAACUGAAAGCAGUUGUGGAAAACAAGAUCGGCCGCAAGCUCACAUGA